AGCCAGCAGCUUGGGGCUGGGGAUUUAGCUCAGUAGCAUAAGUGCCUGCCUUGUAAGUGUGUGGUCAUGAGUUUGAUCCCCAGUACUGAUAAAAAAGAAAAAGACAAAAAACAAAAACAAAAAAACACCAGCAGCUUCCAGGUCUUGGAGCAGAGACUUGGCGGCCAGGGGCUGGGCACCUUCAGUGGUCUCAAGGGGUCAGGCAUGGGGCGGCCCAGUGAUGUGGAGCAGGGAUCAGGUGGUCCUUGUGGACGGGUGGCUCAGAGCUGUGUCCUCCACAGACACCAGGCUCAUGCCCUGCUGGUCUGCAGGUGUACGUGCCCACCCGGCCUGCCUCUGGGCCACACAGAGGCCCUCAAAGCUCUGCACCUGCAGCAGGGUAAGGCUUGCUUGGCACACCAAUGCUUGGGGACUCUGCCCUGGGUGACUGAGUGAGGGGCAGGGCACCCAGAGCCCCAGGACAGGGAUUAUGCAGUGCUGUGGCUCAGGACCCCCUCUUGCGGAUGGAGUGGGUACUGACAGGGAUGCUGAUGUCAUGCAGUGGUCUCAAGCCGACCACGUCCCUAACACUCACUGUCACCACGCUGGGACCAUGGCCUGGAGACAGUUGGGGGCGAAAGGGUCAGUCUUCCCUCACCCACAGCCUCAGGGGAGCUGCACUGCCAGGGAUGGUUUCAGGUCAGGUGAGCUGUCACCUUCUUCCACAGCUGCAGGGGUCCUAGAUCUUGCCUGUGUUCCUGUAGGACAGCCACCACUGAGAUGGACACAGCCCAAUGUGCUGAGUUGGCUACAGGUUACUUGGUCUGUCACAAAGUCUUGGCCUGGCCACUUCCUUCCCCAUCAUGUAGGGUCAACUCCAGGCAGAGGCUCAGACCCUAGUCCCUUUGGUUGGGGGCACAGGUGCUACACUCUCCCCUGCCUGUACUCCAGGGGAUGUGCCACUACUUGGAAAAGCCUGGCACCCCUUCUUAGAAUCACUGGCCUUGGUCCCCCCCCCGCUUCAAGGACUCUGGACAGCCAGGCCCUGCCUGUCAUGGGGCUGGCAGUGAAGCCAGGAAAAAAAGUGCUGAGAGCAGACAGCUAUUCCUGGGGCUGUGCCAUGUCGGGGCCAGGUGAGGAUGAACUGAGGAGCUGGGCGGUAGGGUGUGGGGCUGGGGCCUCAGAGACCUUGGCUUCCCUGAAAAUUCCCUGAGCCCUCCAUGGAAUUCCUGGGUCUCCAUGGUGAUAGUCUCCAUGAGGACAUAAUCAGCGCCUAGGAACCUUGAGGUCUUAAGAAAGGGACUAGUGGGAGGAAGAGGCUGGCAGCUAUUUGGUCUCCAGCGAGAUUCAGGACUAGCCGCACCCAGGCUAUUACAAGGCAUCCCUGGUCACGUGACCAGAUUCACGUGACCACAGUGCCGGUUUACAGAGCUAGAAUGGGUUCCCAGUACAGGGACGUGGUGUACCGCAGGACUACUCCCUCUGUCUUGCUGCUGGGCCUGAUGCUGCUCAGUCUUGGAGCCGAUCAGCCCUCUGGCCAGCACAGCACUGACCCUGAGUACCGGGAGUACUACUUUGAACAGCUCCUGGACCACUUCAACUUUGAAAGUUAUGGCAACAAGACUUUCCACCAACGUUUCCUGAUGUCAGACAAGUUCUGGAAGCAGCCCAAGGGCCCCAUCUUCUUCUACACCGGAAAUGAGGGCGACGUGUGGGUCUUUGCUAACAACUCAGGCUUCCUGGUGGAGCUGGCACAGCAGCAGGAGGCCCUGCUUAUCUUUGCGGAGCACCGGUACUAUGGGAAGUCGCUCCCGUUUGGUGCCCAGUCCACCCAGCAUGGGUUCAUGCAGCUGCUGACUGUGGAGCAGGCGCUGGCCGACUUCGCCGUGUUGCUGCAGGUCCUGCGGCAAGACCUCUGUGCCCAGGACAGCCCAACCAUCACCUUCGGAGGGAGCUACGGCGGGAUGCUCAGCGCCUACAUGAGGAUAAAGUACCCCCACCUGGUGGCAGGUGCACUAGCGGCCAGUGCACCCGUGGUAGCUGUCGCAGGCCUUGUCGACUCCUAUCAGUUCUUCCGUGAUGUCACAGCGGACUUCUAUAGCCAGAGCCCCAAGUGUGUCCAGGCUGUGCGCGAGGCCUUCCAGGAGAUCCGGAACCUGUAUCUGCAGGGAGCCCAUGAGCGGAUUAGUCGGGAGUUUGGGACCUGUCAGUUACUCUCGGGCUCGGAGGACUUGACACAGCUCUUCAUGUUUGCUCGGAACGCCUUCACCGUGCUGGCCAUGAUGGACUACCCAUACCAUACUGAUUUCCUGGUUCCUCUGCCCGCCAACCCUGUCAAGGUUGGCUGUGAUAUACUGCUGAAUGAGGCCCAGCCGAUCACAGGGCUCCGAAUGCUGGCAGGGAUGAUCUACAACACCUCAGGCAUGGAGCACUGUUAUGACAUCUACCAGCUGUACCACAGCUGUGCUGACCCUACUGGCUGUGGCUCAGGCUCUGAUGCCCAGGCCUGGGACUACCAGGCCUGCACAGAGAUUAACCUGACAUUCAGCAGCAACAAUGUGAGCGACAUGUUCCCCACCCUCCUGUUCACCGAGGAGCUCCGAGAGCAGUACUGCCUGGAAAAGUGGGGCGUGUGGCCCCGGCCCAACUGGCUGCAGACCAGCUUCGGGGGUGGCGACCUCAAGGGUGCCACCAAAAUCAUUUUCUCCAACGGUGACCUGGAUCCCUGGGCUGGCGGUGGGAUACACAGGAACCUUAGUGAGUCUGUGAUUGCGGUCAUGAUCCAGGGUGGAGCCCAUCACCUGGACCUCAGAGCGUCUCACCCAGAGGACCCUGCAUCUGUUGUCGAGGCGCGCAAGCUGGAGGCUGGCCUCAUUUGGGAGUGGGUAAAGGCAGCCAGGAAUGAGCAGCAGCCAGCCUCACAGGAGGGGCAGCUGUUCCUGCAACUCCAGCACAACUGAGGGAACACCUCAGGGGGUGGCCCCUUGUGGGUCAUGGUGGCCAGUCCAGGGCAGUGCCACUGGAACACGGGCGGGGGGGGGGCUGGGUGGAUGCCUGGGGGCAGGCCAGCACAACUAUCCUGUCCAAGGCCCACAAGAGGGAGCAGAUGCUGCACACAGCCACCAAACCAAUAAAAGUUUAAUAAAGCAGA